AUGAAACAUGAACGUGUACUCUUGAGUGAGCUGAACUCUACCAGCACGGCGUACAAAGUGAGGGUGAAGGUCAUUGAAAAAGGUCGUGUCACCAAAUCCCCUAAGAAAGGGCUUCUAUAUCAGCAGAUCCUUAUGGAAGAUGAGAGGACUAAUAAGGUAGUUGCUUCACAGGGGUACAAAAUGCGUGGUGCGCUGUUCGGAGAUCAGAUUGCAGCAUACAAAGAUGCCCUCCAGCACAAAGGGACUUAUGAAAUUGCAGAUGCUUCAUUCCGAUCUGCAGACCAGCAGUGGAAACGAGAUGAACAUGAGAUGGACUUUCAGAUGAGUUUCGGUAGGCAGACAGUUGUUCAACCUAUUGAUCCUGAGGCAGGUCCUAUUGUGCCAGAUUACCAAUGCCUUGCAUCUGUGCCAAGGGUUGGGGAUCCGGAUGACAGAUACGAUGUUCUUGGUGUCGUGUUGUAUGUCGAUGAGGAAGCUAGGUCAGUUGACACAGCUCAGGGGUGUCGGGCCUUGGUCUGUGAGAUUGUCAUCUCUGACCACAGUGAUCUUGUUGAGGCUGAAUGUGAUGCUUUGUCCUCUUGGGCCGAGAAAUUUGUUGUAGUUGGCUUUACUUCUCUUCGUGCUACUUCACACAAAGGUACUACAAUCCCAGUACAAGGCUUCUCCCUCGCAACUAGCAUUUCUACUUUGAUUCACCAUGAUCCUAAGGGAGACAGGCCAAAUGCACUUACUGAAUGGGCUCUCACACACAAGGACAUUCUGUCCGACAGGCAAGCUAGGGUGUUGGAUGUCAGGAACCCUUCUAAAGAAAGGGUGAUCAUGACCCUUGAAGAGCUGAAGCUCAAGAAGAACACCACCACUUUGCAAGAAGAGCGCCGCUGGUUAAGAGUUGUUGUGCCUGAGCCAGACUUUGAUCGGGUUUAUGCAUACAUAGGUUGUUGUACCUGUAGCAAGCGCACAGACGUUCCAGUAGGAGACUCAUACACGUGCACAGGUUGCUCACAUAAGGAUUCUGUUGCUUCUCCCAGGUUUACUUCACUCUGCUUUAAUAGUCUGCACUUUACCAACGCACCACACUGA